CUCUCAGCACCCCGCCCGCAGUCCAGCCCGUGGCGGGGCGGUGUCUGCGGAAGCUCCCGGGGCCCAGACGGCCCGAGCCGCGCUGAGACCCGGGCACCCGCGGCGCGGAGUGGAGGCCGGAGCCCGGCCAGCGACCAGCCAUGGAGACCCGCUACAACCUGAAGAGUCCGGCUGUUAAACGUUUAAUGAAAGAAGCAGCAGAACUGAAAGAUCCCACAGAUCAUUACCAUGCGCAGCCUUUGGAGGAUAACCUAUUUGAAUGGCACUUCACAGUGAGAGGGCCGCCAGAUUCUGAUUUUGAUGGAGGAGUUUAUCAUGGACGAAUAGUACUCCCACCAGAGUACCCCAUGAAACCACCCAGCAUUAUUCUUCUGACGGCUAAUGGACGAUUUGAAGUAGGCAAGAAAAUCUGUUUGAGCAUCUCAGGACAUCAUCCUGAAACUUGGCAGCCUUCAUGGAGUAUAAGAACAGCAUUAUUAGCCAUCAUUGGGUUUAUGCCAACGAAAGGAGAGGGAGCCAUAGGUUCUCUAGAUUACACACCUGAGGAAAGAAGAGCACUUGCCAAAAAAUCACAAGAUUUCUGUUGUGAGGGAUGUGGCUGCACCAUGAAGGAUGUCCUGUUGCCUUUAAAGUCAGGAAGCGAUUCCAGCAAGGCUGACCAAGAAGCCAAGGAAUUGGCUAGACAAAUCAGUUUUAAGGCAGAAGUCAAUUCAUCUGGAAAGACUAUUGCUGAGUCAGACUUAAACCACUCUUUUUCACUAAAUGAUUUACAAGACAGUGUACCUACAACAUUCCAGGGUGCUGCAGCCAGUACAUCGUAUGAAGUCCAGAACCCCUCAGGAGCAUCUCUUCAACAACCCGUCCAACCUGUAGCUAAGAAUACCUCCAUGAGUCCUCGACAGCGCAGGGCCCAGCAGCAGAGUCAGAGAAGGCCGUCUGCUUCAGCGGACGUAAUCCAGGGCCAGCAGCCCAGAGACAACCACACUGAUCAUGGCGGAUCUGCUGUGUUGAUCGUCAUCUUGACCUUGGCAUUGGCAGCUCUUAUAUUCCGACGAAUAUAUCUGGCCAAUGAGUACGUAUUUGACUUUGAGUUAUAAUACUGGUUUAUGUCUUAAGAGCUGUGACUCAACUGCUUCAUUAAACAUUCUGCAUUGGGUAUAAUCUAAGAAUUGUUUACAAAAAAUUAUUUUGUAUUACCCUUCAUUCCUUUUUUGAUCCUUAUAAAUUCAAUAUAAAUGUAGCUAGACAUUCAGAUUGUGUCCUGCUCAGUUUAAGGGACUGGAAGUCAAGUCCUUUGUCUCACUAUAUGACCUGCUUUACAGGGAAAUAAUUUGUUAUUUCUCUUAUCUCAGCUUCUUUAUGUAAAUUUGUGAUAGUUUUCUGUAUAGCCCUUUUAAAUUUUUGGAUAAAAGAUAGUGUUUUAAGUUCCAUUGAGUAUUAGUAGUUACUCAAUAGCAUUUAUUGAGUACUCUGUUUCUACUUAUGUGGAAUGAUUGAGGGAUGAGAGUUGAAAGGGCAAAAACCCCUCCAAUAGCUUCCUUACAAGGUCAUUCAUAUUGGGAUCACCCAUUCUGUGACAAACUUUAUGUCCUGAACAUUCUUCGAUGAAAGUUACUCUGUCAGUCAAACGUUUAUGAGGAAAUGCAAUUACGUCUUUGUUAUCGGAUAUUACUUGAAGAGGGAAUAAUGCUUUGUAACCACUUUGAUGUACUUUAUCCCAUUCUCUCCAGUGAGCACAUAAGAUUUAAAAAGAAAGAAAGCAAUCCUCUAUAGAUCUGUGUUUUAAGGAAGGAAGGGUCCAAGCCAGAAAUCACUUAAUUUUAUCCCAGAAGUUAAAUGGGAGUAUUUUAAGAUUUGAGUGGUCUGCUUUGAAUUGUAUAUCUUUUGAGAUGUAUAUAUGCCUACCUUUGUAAUCACUAUAAAUUUAAUUAUUCUGAAAUAUGCAUCAUGUUGAACUAUUUCAUGAACCAUAUUAAUAGAAGAGCUCAGGGCCCAAGCAACAAUGAUAGAAAUUAGAAAAAACUUUACUUGGAAUUUUCCACCUAAUCAAAGCCCAAGAAAUAAUUUUCAGUGCAAAAUCAGUAUAUAACAUAGUGCAAGCUAGUCCCACAUCCUCUGGUAGAUGAUUUUACCACCAUAAUGCUGAGCAAGAACAUAUAAUCACAGAAGAACAUUGCCUUCAGCAUGUUCAGUGGCAACAUGGGAGACACUCUUUGAGAGUAUUGCUAGUGCAGAUUUAAUUUUUAUAUAAAUACAGGCAAUCCACAGCUUCCAGGUAGGUUAUGCUCUCAAAGUACAUUUGUAAGUUAAUUUUUUUACAUGUCGUUGUAAAUGGUAUUUAGGCUCUAGACCAGUCCACAAAAGUUUGUCCAUAAUGUAUCUUGAAUAAUUUGGGGGAUGGUAUCCAUAAAGUCCUGAUGUGGUUUUAACUAACUGAAAUUAUGGACAAGAUAGACGUAAAGUGAUUUAAAGUGCACACAGUGUGCACUCCUGCAGGAGAUGUGGGUGCUGGUGCCUGCCAGACGCUGUUCCUGAGCCCUUCCCAGAGCCACUUUCCUUUGCAUCUAAAGGAAGAGCAUACUGUGUGCUACAGUAUAAUACGUCAUCAUCUUGAACUGUAAUAACUGAACAUUUUAAAAGCGUUUGCAGAUUGUUUCUGUUAUAUCUAUAGCUGUAGUUGGUAAAGUCUAAAAAAGCCCAAGGACUUUAUGAAGACUUCGUAUGUCAGGAAAACGAUAGGUUACCAUUUUAUAACUUUAUUGCCAUGAGGAAAUGCAUUCUGAAGUCUUGGUUUACAACACAAGAUACUACAAAUAUUGGUUCAGUCAUCACUGGUCUCCUAACCAGAGGCCACUGACCCUGGAAGGCCAGGUAAUAUUAUCGUGGAGAAGGAAAUCCCCAUGCUCUCAGCACACGUGGAGAUGGAUCUUGUGCUAGGAAUAGCCCCCCUCCACUUCCUCUCAGUCACACCUGAGCCAGCUUCUGGAUCUGUGUGAUCUUGUUGCAUGUUUCCAUGGGAUGUACUUUUACUUCAAAUCAACUAAGCCAAGAAGGUGUCGCAUUGUGCCGGUCCUCUUCCAUCUGAUUAGCCUCUCUUCCCUCACUUGUCAGCUGACAGGCCACUUCCUUGUUUGUGUUGGGGUUUAUUUGUGCACACCUGAUACACAUAUCUGAAAGUGGCAUCUUUAAUACUCCUUCCCUUUCGGCGCUAACAUGUUACUUAAAAAUCCUUAAGUUGUCCGUCUGCCCCCCAUUAUGGAGUUCUUGAGCAAAAUUGAUCUUCGGGGCCAUUCCUACUGAAACCCCACCUGAUGGGCCUCUUCGUAAAACUAUUAUUUUUUAAAGCCCCUUUUACCCCAUUAUGUACAGCAUAUGGUCAAAACCGGAGGUAUGAUUUGGCAGGUAAAGACUUAGGACUCAUCCUUUCCCCAGUCCUCGGAUUAAGGUAGCUCAGUGACUUUUUCUUUGGCCAGCAUAGUACCUGCCUACCUACCAAGGUAGUCACAAUAGCAUGCUUGAAAAGAUGUGUAAUGUCUGUUUCACCUGUUAAGUGUUCAAGCAAAUGAAACCGUCCCAAUUUUGUGUGUUGUGGGGCUUUUCUGUAGCACUUUACAUUUUCAUGCUGCUUAUUGUUUUUAUUCUACUGAAAUAAAUGAAUUUCAUCAAAAUUCUCAACUAAUUUUUUUUUAAGCUUAAAAAAAUUGUUUCUUAUUUUGACUAUAGAAAUAUAAAAUUUCCAUUUCAGGAGAAUAAGAAAUCUUUUUUGUUAUUUUUAGCUGUGAAUAAACUUUCUGGUGUUUUGAGACCUCCCAUUUUUAUAGACCAGAAUCAAUAAACAAGUGAACCUCACACAUUUGAACUUACUUGAGCAGAAACCUAGGCUGAAGAACUGAAAAGCCUAUAUUGUUUUAUUACCUACAUACAAGUAAGUAUAUGGAAGGUGAAUAUAUUUGGUGAACCUGGCUUUAACAGAAUAACGUGUGCAUUAAUGUGUACUGGGAAAGCCCUGUGGGAGGCUGCACAUGGCUCAAACACUGUUUGGAAUGCCUCUAACAGCUGCUUUCACAACUAGUUUGAGCUGCGAAUAAAACCAGUAACUUUAUUCAUACCUUGUUUUGACCAAAGGUGGUAUUCUCUAUAUCAUCUGACCUUCUGUUCGUUCUAUAUCCUUGAAUAUUCUCUUGCAUCUUUUCCCUUCUCUCCAUGCUUGCUGCCACUCCCCUAGGUAGACGUCAUCUCUGAGUAGUGCAACAACUUCCAACAGGUCCCCAGUCCUGCCCCAUUCCCGACACUGCAGCCGGAGUCAAGAGCGCACAGCUCUGACCCCGUCUCUCCACCGCUGUUAUGGGUUAAUGAGGCUGCGUGUGACCCUAGCUCCUCCUGGCUCUCCGGCCUAUCUGACUUCAGCGAACACCACUCUGCCUCCCCACAGCUCUGAGCCUGGCCCAUGGGGGCCAGUCCUCUGUCCCGAGAAAAAUGAACAGAUGUUAAAGCUCUACAUCCACUGCCUUGCACCACAUACAAAAUUAACUCGAAAUGGGUCUAAGACCUUCAUUUAAGAACAAAAACUAGAAAAUUCUUAGAAGAAAACAGUAUAUUUUUGUGACCAUGGGUUCGGCAGUGAUUUCUUAGAUAUGAGCUGAAAAAAAAAUGCACAAACCAAGGAAAAGAGAUAAAAUCGAACUUUCUGUUUUAAAAAUCAUUACUUAGGAAGUGAGAAGACCAUACAGAGUGGGAGACGAUAUUGCAGAUAACAUGCCUGGUCAGGGACUUCUGUCCAGGCCAUCUACAGAACUCAUAGCUCAGUCUGAUUUGAACACUACGAGAGGCUUGAAUGGACACUUAAACAGAGAUACCCAAGUGGCCAAAACCACACAAAGAGUUGCUUUUCAGUCUUUAGGGACUUGCACAUCGAAACCACAGUGAGAGACCACUUUACUCUCACUACGAUGGCCAGAAU